AUGGUGCAUGAUGUGUCUGAGGAGAAUCCAAGGGGGUAUCUGUUCAGUGGCUGGAGCCCGGGAUGCUUCUGUGGUUUGGGGCUGAUUUAUACCAAUAAAUCGUGCACAAUGCCUCCCAUCACCUUCCAGGAUCUACCGCUGAAUAUCUACAUGGUCAUUUUCGGCACCGGCAUCUUUGUCUUUGUGCUCAGCCUCAUCUUCUGCUGCUACUUCAUCAGCAAACUUCGACAUCAGGCACAGAGUGAAAGAUUUGGAUACAAGGAGGUGGUCUUGAAAGGUGAUGCCAGGAAGUUAAAUUUGCAUGGGCAGACCUGUGCCGUCUGCCUGGAAGACUUUAAAGUGAAAGAUGAGCUGGGAGUGUUGCCAUGCCAACAUGCCUUCCACAGAAAGUGUCUAGUGAAAUGGUUGGAGGUUCGCUGCGUCUGUCCCAUGUGCAACAAACCCAUCACAGGCCCCACGGAGCCCCACCAAGGCAUUGGGACACUCCUGGAUGAGCUGGUGUGA